AAUUCGUGUUAGUCGUACGAGAGCUGCACAUUGAGUAGCUUCACCUCAUUCGCACCGAAAAGAGAGUGGAAGAUUCGCUGUCGAACGCAUUCACACCGAAUACAAUAAGAAGAAGCAGAGAGAAAAAAACGAAAAAAUAUUGAAUUUCCUUCACGAUUUUUGUAGUGUUUCAAAUCAGUUAGUCAGUCAGUCAGCCAAAGACAUCAUCUAAAUGUAUACAUAAUCCGAAUGUGCUCUCUCUUUGCGCUCAACAUCAUCAUCAACGUGUGUCACGAAUGGCAAUCCAUUGUCGUGCUAUACUGUGAACAGGAUUCCCGCAUACACUGAGUAGAGUGUGUGUGGUCGUGGAGUGUGUUCUGUGAUUUUUCGUUUUUUAUUGAGACUUGGGAAACAUUUUAUAUUGCGGCAGAAAUGUCUUAUCGAAUAAUUAAUACAAAACCUCAUCGAAUCGACAUAAAUAACUAGUCGCUGUCUGGGUGAAUUGGCCGAUAGUGAAUGACAGUUUUAUUUAGUUUUUCCGAGGCAAAUUCAGCAUUAUUCAACCGCCAAUCGAAAAGAUGCCUGGUUUAAUUGUGUUUCGUCGACGAUGGUCCGUUGGUUCGGAUGAUUUGGUCGUGCCUGGGGCAUUUAUGUUCACAGUUCACUUCAUUUGGCUUAUCAUUUUGUCGUUGUCAGUUAUAUACUUAGAAUAUGAUCGGUCCAACAAACCCAUAGAGCUGUUGUUUUUCUAUAAAAUCGGAUAUAUUUGCAUACUUGUUGUUUCGAUGUGUAUAGAGCUUGGAAUAUGCAUAAUUUCAAUGCGAGGAAGCAUUUUGGAUACAACGCCAAGAGUCAACAUUCAUUAUUGGCUCUACGGCAAACUGAUUAUGAUUAUCGUUGAUGUAGCAUGGCUCACAUUGGGCGUGUAUUGGCUCAUCAAAUUCUAUAUCAUCGUUCAAAUUGGCGAAGCCAGAGAAAUUAUGCUUGGAUUAGUCAUAUGUAGCUGGGCCGUAAUGCUGAGUAUUUUGAUAACAAUUUGGUGUACGUUCGACGCAGCCGGACGUUCUUGGGUGAAAAUGAAGAAAUACCAACGGUCAAUGCGUGAGUCUGAAUCAAGAUUCAAUUAUAAACGCAGUGGUAGCAUGAAUCGCAACUGGAGACAAAGGAAAGUGAUUCGUGCUUAUCAAGACAGCUGGGAUCAUCGGUGUCGUUUACUGUUCUGCUGUAUGAGUUCAUCGGAGCGAAAUCACAAUUCAUUCGCUGACAUAGCACGAUUGCUGAGCGAUUUCUUCCGUGAGUUGGACGUUGUGCCAUCGGAUGUCGUUGCCGGUUUGGUGCUGUUGCGAAAAUUUCAAAAGCUUGAACGUCAAACCAUAGUCAGACAGAAAAAGAACGGAACUUAUGAGUUUUUGAGUGGUGUCCCAGUCAACGAACGUACACGAUUCCUUAGACUUAACGAUCCCAAAGACUACGAACAUUUUCAGAUGGUGAUACACUUUAUGCACUAUGCCCUGAGCGCAUAUGGUUGGCCUAUGUUCUUAAUGACACACUCAAAGACUGGAAUGUGUCAAUUGUGUACGAAAGUUCGAUGCUGUUGUUUCUCUUGUUGUCGCAGUAACAAAGAAACCACCGAUAUUAUCGACGAUAAUUGCUGCUACUGCAAUUAUGCGGCGAUGAAACGAAUGCUGAAAAUGACCGAAGCCGAAGUGAUUUAUACAACGUUUCACGUGGAUGUAGGUGAAACGCCAUUCUUUGUGGCCGUUGAUUAUAAGAAAGAAAAGAUUGUGGUCAGUAUUCGAGGGACGUUGAGCAUGAAGGACGUGCUCACCGAUUUAAAUGCCGAAGGAGAGGUGUUACCACUUGAACCACGUCGUGACGAUUGGGUCGGACACAAGGGAAUGGUUCAAGCUGCCGUCUAUAUACGAAAUAAAUUGGAAGACGAGAAUUUGUUGCAGCGAGCCCAACAGCAUAAUCUCGAACGGAAAACAGACCAAUUUGGAUUGGUGAUUCUCGGACAUUCACUAGGUGCUGGAACAGCGGCCAUUCUUUCGAUUUUGCUAAAACCACAAUUUCCAUCAUUGCUAUGCUAUAGCUAUUCGCCACCCGGAGGAUUACUGAGUAUGCCAGCAGUUGAGUACUCAAAGUCGUUUAUAACAUCGGUGGUCGUUGGCAAAGAUGUUGUGCCGCGCAUCGGUUUAUAUCAAAUGGAAGCACUUCGGGCUGAUUUGAUCAAUGCCAUCAAACGAAGUGUUGACCCAAAGUGGAAAACUAUCACAUGCUCGAUGAUUUGUUGUUGUAAUAUUGUGCCAACGUCGGUGCUUGAAAUGAGCAGUCAUGAUGCCCAUGUAAAUAAUUACGAACAGGAGAGAUAUUCCGCCCGCAAAGCCAGUACCCAUCCAAACGAUAGUACGAUAGCGUUGACACUGCACAAUCCACUUUAUCCGCCCGGUCGGAUAAUUCACAUCGUUCGACAUCAUCCAUCGCCCGAAGAACAAAAAUACGAGCAAGGCUGGAGACAAGUAUUGAAGACACAUGAGCCGGUCUAUCAAGCCAUCUGGGUGGAUAACAUUGAUUUCGACGAAGUGCUCAUUUCACCAGCCAUGAUCCAAGAUCAUAUGCCAGAUACAGUGCUCGCUGCGCUUAAUAAAGUUAUAACAACGCACGGCCCACGCAAGCCUCAACGUCAAUCUUCGAAUGUUAAUUUGUCAAUUGAGUCGGAUUUGAAUGAUAUGAUGAUGACGCCAAAUUCGCAACAAGUGUGCUUAGAAACAUCGUUUACAUCAUUGCAGAGUCCUGGCGUUGGUGGCGAACCAUUCCCAUUAAUUUCAUGUUCAAGCAAAGCAUCAUCGAUGGCUGGCAGUUUGUUCAGCCGUAGUCAGUUAAAUUCCAUAUUGCACUAUGAUGCGGGUAGCACACACGAUGAACACAUGAUUGGGCGCAGCACAUCAGCCGGUCCGAGCGAGGCAACCACUGUGAUAUUAGCCGAUCACUCGAAUCGAACGAAAAGUGUUGCAUUCGAUAUAAAAAGUUCAGGUCCAUCCACAACAUCACCGUCACCCAAUAUCUUCUUAAAAAGUAUUUUACAUCGACAAGCGAACGAGGCGAAAAAGAAAGCGCCCGUUGAACCGCCACCAGCGCCACCGUCCAAACGACCAACACCGCGGAAAAUUGAUUUUGUCCAAGACGAUUGGAUUGGUAUUGCACCGUUGGCCAGUCCGGAAACACUCUCCGAAAUAUCCAGCAUCAGUUCACGAACUAGUUUGGCAUUCAAUUUGGCAUCAAGCAUUGAAAACUAUUUGCAUCGGCUCGCCUCGCCACCAGCAAACCAUUUCAAUAUCGAUAAUAACGAAAAUGAUCUCAUGGAAUCUCAGCUACAUACACCGAAAGUGAUGCGCAGAGCACCGAAAAUUAUCGGCAAUCUGUCGACAUGCGCCGAUGAUUGGCAAUCCGUGGACAAGUAUAAGCGAAUGGGUAAAAUUUUCAUCACAAAUCCAGUGCCUUUGUUAAGCAGCGAUUCGAGUGGCGACAGUUUUGAGUCAACGCAUAGUCUUACGAAAAAAUCCAUGCGCUGUACAACGAAUGCCGCCAGCGAAAAUUCCAAAUCGGCCGAUAAUUUAGACAACGAUCGUACACCGAUCAGAAAUGCAUCGAUUAGUACAAAUAAGUUGACGAUGAGCGACAGUGCCAUACUGGAUGGAUGCAAUUCCAAGUGUCCGCGAUGCCCGUGCAUACGGUCAACAGUAUUGUUACGGGUACAGUGUUGCCGACGCAGCGAUCACAGUUGGUGCAUGGAAAUGCCGGAUGAGCCACAGAAUCAGACCAGCUCAAGUGACACCUAUCAUAGUGCAUUCUCAUCGUUGGCAACCAUCGAAACUUAUCCGCCACAAACCAUUUUACGGCCAUUGCCAAGUGGCGUACUUGAAUCACACUUUGAAUAUCUACCGAUUUAUACGGAUAAUACACCGAAUGAAUCCACUUCAUUGCUACCGGCGUCGAUGCGUUCACCGAAAAUCGUCAAAAAGAUGGACAAACCGGUGAACAAUGGCAACAAAAAGGAUGCCGGUUUCAAGCGAUAUGCCAACGAAUAUGAAAACGAACGGCGCACCACACGCAACGACUCUCUUCCAUUGCUAGCUAAUUUAGUCGAGCGAAGUUCACCAAAUAGCUUUAACCGACGCAGAAACCACACUGUUUAUCCAAUCACCUCAUCACCGCGAUAUUCACCAUCCAAACGUACCGAAAGCAACGUAUAA